GAAAUAUACAUCUAUGAAGGAUGCGGUCCAAGUCCAGGGCAAGGCUCUGGGAGGCAAUAAUCAGGCUGCUGUUCGCUGCAUUGACAACUGAAAAGCAUCGUGUCAGAUGGACCGAAUUGGAAUAACCUCCAGUAUCUGUCUCGGCUACAAAGCUGUCUUAAGAUGUAUUCGCAAACCCUUAUUAAUUUUCACUCUUCAAGGAUCAAAUAGAAGAAGCCACGAUUGAGGUGUAAAUGUUUGGGCAUCAGAGAGCCCAGUAUGAAGAAGACAGGCAGGCCGGUGGUGAGUAAGGCUCAGAGUGGAGAGAGGGGGAAGACUGAAGGCGCUGCUACUGGAAUCACAGGCAAGGCUGCAGCCAAGACCACCACAACGGCACCUCUGUCAAAGGUUAAAAGCAAUGAUGAUCUGCUAGCAGCAAUGACAGGGAGCACUCCAGCUAUGACCAGCACUGUGACCAAGAACAAGAGGACUGCCUCCACAGGGACCAGCAGUGGUAACCCAGACAGUAAACCAAAGACUAGCUCAGCCAAACGUGUGACGUCCUCUACCUCCAAGGAGCCCAACUCGUCAAGGGACCGUCUGCGAACAUCCAGAACAUCGGCUAGUAAGAAGCAGUCAUUGUCAGGGACGGGGCAGGAGGAUGUGGCCCAGGGAAAGCGCUCUCGCACCCAGCAGCUGGCAGAGUCAGAGGGCCGCAUGAACAAGUCUAAAUCAGACAGCCAGAUCAGUGUCAAGGUGGCCCUGGAGACCAAGGUGAAAGACCUGCUGGGUUUGGCCAAGAGCAAAGACUUGGAGAUCCUGCACCUGCGCAGCGAGCUGAGGGACAUGAGGGCCCAGCUGGGCCUGGGAGGGGAGGAGGUUCCCACAGAGGAGGGAGGAGGAGGAGGAGGGGAGGAGGAGAAGCCCCAGGAGAGGGAGGUGUCAGCUAUCACAGCAGCGGAUGUGGAGUCCACACUGCUUCUCCUGCAGGAGCAGAACCAUGCCAUUCGUGAGGAGCUGAACCUGUUGAAGAGUGAGAACCGCAUGCUGAAGGACCGUCUCAACGCGCUGGGCUUCUCCCUGGAGCAGAGGCUGGAUGGCUCUGACAAGUUCUUCAGCUACCCCUCCCUGAGCCCAGACCUGGCAGUCAGCAGCGGGCACAGUGAUGGCGGGGGCACUGGUACCCUCACCUCCUCUGUGGAAGGCUCUGCCCCUGGCUCCUUGGAGGACCUGCUGACGGCCCAGCAGCACAGUGGUUCAGUGGACAACCUGGACAGUGAGUCCAGCGAGGUCUACCAGGGCGUCACCUCCAGCGAUGAUGCCCUGGACGCCCCCUCCGGAGCCUCGUCCUCCUCCGAGUCGGAGAGCGUGCCCAGGCGAGAGCGCUCACACCGGGGCAGCAGCGGCAACGCCAGCGAGGUGUCUGUUGCCUGCCUGACUGAGCGCAUUCACCAGAUGGAGGAGAACCAGCACAGCACGGCUGAGGAGCUGCAGGCCACACUACAUGAGCUUGCUGACCUGCAGCAGAUCACCCAGGAGCUGAAUGGAGAGAACGAGAGGCUGGGGGAAGAGAAGGUAAUCCUCAUGGACUCCCUGUGCCAGCAGAGUGACAAGCUGGAGCACUACGGCCGGCAGAUUGAGUACUUCCGCUCUCUGCUGGACGAUCACCACGUGUCCUACGUCCUGGAGGAGGACAUCAAGAGCGGCCGCUACAUGGAGCUGGAGCAGCGCUACGUGGACCUGGCCGACAACGCCCGUUUCGAGAGGGAGCAGCUGCUGGGAGUGCAGCAGCACCUCAGCAACACGCUGAAGAUGGCGGAGCAGGACAACGCUGAGGCCCAGGAGGUAAUUGGGGCUCUGAAGGAGAGGAACCACCACAUGGAGCACAUCAUGGAGUCUGAGAGGCAGGACCGGGGGGCCAUGGUGGCAGCGCUGGAGGAGUACAAGGCAGCGGUAAGCUGUGAGCAGGUAGAGCUGAGCCGCUGCAGGGCCCAGCUGGACCAGGAGAGGCAGAAGGUGGCUGAGCUCUACUCCAUCCACAACUCUGGAGACAAAAGUGACAUCUGCCAGCUGCUGGAGGGGGUUCGGCUGGACAAGGAGGCGGCGGAGGCCAGGGCUGCCAAACUGCAGGAGGAGCUGAGCCACGCCCGCACUGAUGUCACCAGACUGCAGGACACCCUCAGUAAGCUGGAUCGGGAGUACCGGGACAUCCAGGAGCAGGAGCAGAAGCAAAUGGCAGAGCAGAAGCGUGGGCUGGAGAAGCAGCGCGGGGAGCUGCAGGAGAAGGAGACUGAGAUCGGGGACAUGAAGGAGACCAUCUUUGAGCUGGAGGACGAGGUGGAGCAGCACCGAGCUGUAAAACUCCACGACAACCUCAUCAUCACAGACCUAGAGAACUCUGUUAAAAAACUGCAGGACCAGAAGCGUGACAUGGAGCGGGAGAUUAAGAUUCUGCACCGGAGGCUGAGGGAAGAAUCGGCAGAGUGGCGUCAGUUCCAGGCUGAUCUGCAGACGGCCGUGGUCAUCGCUAAUGACAUCAAGUCGGAAGCACAGGAGGAGAUUGGAGAUAUGCGGCACCGUCUCCGCGAGGCCCAGGAAAAGAACGAGAAGCUUGGCAAGGAGCUGGACGAAGUCAAGAACCGCAAGCAGGAUGAGGAGAGGGGCAGGGUGUAUAACUACAUGAAUGCAGUGGAGAGGGAUCUGGCUGUACUGAGGCAGGGCAUGGGCCUGAGCCGUCGCUCCUCUACCUCCUCUGAGCCUUCUCCAACCGUCAAAACCCUCAUCAAGAGCUUUGACAAUGCCUCCUCACAAGGUACCCCAACCUGCGAGUGCCCAGUCCCCACGACCGCUGCCCCUGCUGCUCCGACAGCACCUGCUACCACAUUACCACGCACUCCCCUAAGCCCCAGCCCCAUGAAGACCCCUCCUGCAGCCGCCAUCUCACCCAUACAGAGACACUCCAUAACUGGGUCCAUCUCUGCACCCAAAACCCUCUCGUCUCUGAGUGACAAAAGGCCCAGCUACGCAGACAUCAGCAUGCCAGCAGAGCAUCUUCUCAGGGGCUCCUCUGCCAGCCGCCCUGCCUCUGCUCUCCAGAGGGUGUCCAACAUGGACUCAUCAAAGGCCAUGGCCAUCUCAGUGUCCCGCAGGAGCAGUGAGGAUAUGAAGAGGGACAUCUCUGCACCUGAAGGUGGCUCCUCCUCUCUGAUGGCCAUGGCCUCUGCUUCCUCCCUGUCCUCCUCCUCCCCCACCGCCGCUGUCACCCCCACCGCACGCAGCCGCCUCCGUGAGGAGCGGAAGGACCCCCUCUCAGCGCUGGCCCGGGAGUAUGGGGGGUCCAAGAGGAACGCACUUCUCAAGUGGUGCCAGAAGAAGACUGAGGGUUACCAGAACAUUGACAUAACAAACUUCAGCAGCAGCUGGAAUGACGGCCUUGCGUUCUGCGCUGUGCUCCACACCUACCUGCCUGCUCACAUCCCCUACCAGGAGCUCACCAGCCAGGAAAAGAGGCGUAAUUUCACACUAGCCUUCCAGGCUGCAGAGAGUGUGGGGAUCAAGUCCACUCUGGACCUCAAUGAGAUGGCCAGUACUGAGAGACCAGACUGGCAGAGUGUGAUGACCUAUGUUACAGCCAUCUACAAGUACUUUGAGACCUGAUGUGAUCUCUCCACCCAACAUGGCAAGCACACACUGCAGUCCAGCCUACUAGCUCCUCUGACCUUAGCACACCUCCAACACUUCAACUCGACAUUCAACUCAGCUGUUAUGCCUCACUUCACUGAGCCACCCUUCACCCCAACACCCAGCCAUGCCUCACACCGGCCGCUCUGUCUCUCGUCUAGACGCCUUCUAGUUUGAGUCACCAUAAGAAACGUAGAAAUAAGCUCACUGUUGACUUCCUAAAGUUGACUUCCUAAAGCUAAUCAUUGAUAUUUCUAUGAUGAACAUUUUUCACUGACACAUUUAGUAUGAUGAACACAGCCUAUGGGCUCUUCAAGCACCUGUUCAGGGCCUUCUCUGUUUGGGAUGCUAUUUUUACUCUUAUCCAUUACUGGAUAACCCAUUUGAGGUGAUCCUCAGUGCAGAUUGUCUGGUUAAACCAGUAUGAUCUGAGCUACGAUAAGAGCCUGCAGAUCUACGAUAAGAACCUGCAGAUCUACUAGCUCUACUCUCCUUGACCAGAGUUGGGGAACAUGCUACAGACUAUCCCAGCCUUUGUGCCUUGCACCUGGCUUUGAUUCUUCUAACCAAGUGGUUAUCCCAAAUGUUUAAGCCAAACCAUACCCAGUGUGCAGUGUGCCCACCCUAGGAAUCAUGGGACAAAUCUUCUAUGGAAAUCAGCCAAGGCAUUUUUUUGCUCCAUUGUCUUCCUGACCCAUUGAACACUUUGUGAAGGGGCCUCUUCUAUUAUGGAUUAAGUGCCUGUUUGAUUUACAUCGCUAGAGGUUUACUAAGAGACAGAUGGAGCAAAAAUUGCUCAAAUGAAACGUUUCAAUGCGCCAUGCUUUCAAAGCAGCUUUGGAGGAAUCUAAGUGAAGCUUUUUAGAAGUGAUUCUGCAGUUCUAUGAACACUAGCUAUAUCAUAAGGGAAACGGUGUCAGGUGCUCUCUUGGUCACCUGUAAGAUUCAAGUUACAAUUUGAUGUGCUUUUGGACUAUUUUUAGGAGAGUGAUCAUUGCUACGUUAACAUCAUUUGUUUUGCUAACAGAGACCAACUCAUAGAAAACAAUAGGCUAGACAGAACCAACACAAUGUCUCUCAGUGAUGGUUUUCUCAAAUAGAACUGUCGUAAUCCUGAACCAAAAAAGUAACUUGCUCAAGUGUCCUAUCUAUGUGAAGUCAAGGGCUAGACUUCCAAAAAAGUCCUAGCUCUUGGUGAUUUGAUUGUGGUAAAUGUUUCCCCAGCAUGUUGAGUCUCAGGGUUGGAUGUUCUCUUGUUGUUGUCAUCAAUCAUGAUAGGGGAAGAGUUUUUUUCAGAUGCAGAACGCAUCCGUUUUGCUGCUGGAGCCAAAUGUAUUAACACAUUGUUUGUUUUGACACAUUACUUCCACCAACAGCAGACUGAAACUCCCAAGAUUGGUCACAGUCCAGUUGUCUUGAACUGUAAGAUUUGUGUGUUAUUAGACACUCUGAGCUCAACAAUGACUAAGUUAUUGUGUGUGUAACCUAACUCUGACUUGAUAUACUCCAUCUUGCUAGUCACAUUUAACAUGGGGGGGGGGAAUACUAACUACAAGAGAUGCACAAGGAACUCAAUGGUACAUUUUAUAUUUGAGCUUUCUUCGUGUUAUCACUUGCCACCCAAUUGACUUUAUUGAUAAAGCUGUACUGACACUAAUCAUGUGUAAAUCAAUUCUAUGUAGUUUACAUAGUCACCAAGAAAGAUAUUGGAAUGAAGAAUGACUGUGUUAUGUUAUUGAGCCUCUGCUUAUUGAAGUUUGUGUGGGUUAAUUAGCAUGGUUUAAUCCACCUCGGAGUGUAGUGAUGCAAGUGUUACAAAUGUUAAUGUAAACUUCAUAUAAUGUGAAUCUAUGACUUUUCAUCACACUGCUGCACUGAUGUCUCUCCUAAACUCAUAAUGUAUGAUGACGAUUUGCCUUUCAUGUGGUCCCAACCACACUCCUGUAUCAUUUCAGAAUGGUACAGUAUGCAAUCGAUACUCCCUCGUUGGUGUACCAUUUUAGGCUUAGGCCCCCUUACGUCUAUGAUCUAACACACUCGCAUGUGACCAUAACUUUGUAGGGACAACAUUUUCUGAAUAUAUUUAAAAGCACAUUUGCGCCUGUCUGCUUGCCAAGCCACCUUCCCACCAGCUGUACAGGUGCACUGCAUGGUGUUUGACAAGCACAACUUGAAACACAAUUGCUUGUUUUUUGUGUGUCGAUCAGUGUGGUUGGAGAGUAAGACUGGGCGGUUAAAUGUUGUGUUGGUGGUCUAUUGUAUGGAUAAACACUCAUUUGUGAGAGCGCAUGUGCUGUGACUGUUAUUAUUAUCAUUAUCAUGUACGGUAUUUACUAUUGAACAGUGAGCACGGUAUGUCAACGCUAACUCAUGUAUUUAUGAUUCCCAUUGCUAUACUGCAACCCUGUCUUAAAUUUGAUUUGCAUUGGAUCCAAACACUAGUUGGUCUGCAAUUAUUCUAUUAUGUGAAGCUACUUCUUGCCAAGUGUUAAAAAUGGAAUCUCUUGAUCAUGUUCCAAUGGACAUUGGUAUUGAUAAGUGGUCCUUCAUGUUGUGAUCUAUGAGGACUGAAACCUUGCCCUAACAUUCUACUCAACUGUACAGUGUAGACAGAAUGUAGUUGACCUAUUAGAUAAUACAAUGUGUUAAAAUAUCAGGAUGAUACCAUCUUGACAUUUAAUUCACCACUGAAGAACAUUGGUCUGAUUUUGCUUGAUUUAAUUCAAUAAGUUGCUCAUAUUUUCCAUGGCUUCUGUAUUUCGCUCUGCAUUUUCUUCCGUUUCUUUCUACACUACUUCACAAAAGAAAAUGUGAAAAGAACUUUAAAGCAUGUUUUUAUUUUUACGGGUCCGUUAGAGGUUAAUUCUGUUUACUUGAAAGGUUGAUGUUUUUCUAAGCUGCUUUCUUUUGGUUCUUAUUAAUGGUGCCUUUUGCCUACAAAUAUAUGUCAUUCUUGCCAGAGUAUUACUUGGCAAUAAGGAGGCCAAGAGACCCAUGUUUCCUUUUGUCUCAUUCUGUCUCUAAGUCAUGAUUGCCACAAUAUGAAUUUCCAAUGGAGUGUCUUGAAUCAAAAUGUAUCCUGUUGAUUGGGUAAUGAUAAUAUCAAGAGUAUGGUGUAGGGAAGUAAGCCAAAUGCACAUUAUGAUAAUCAACAAUUCGGUAAAAAAACAAUAAAGGCUUAUCUGUAUUUAUAUUGUUUUGUUUUGCAGACCAGUAAUAUUAAAUAAUCAUUGCAACAGGAA